UCAUUAAAAACUAUACAUGAGUUUGUUUAUGAUGCCUAGGAGUGUUUCCUGGAUGAGGAGCGGCCAGUCCACAUGCUGUAAAUUAUUUCACGUUUCUUAGACACACUUUACUGUUGAAGCAGGUUUUGGAUAGAAACACUUCUCAGGUGUCUGAUCUGGCAAGUCAAGUCUUGAAAAGGAACGGAGGGAGGACAGUGAUUGAGCAUUUUACCUAGGAAUGGUAGGACCUGUCGGAUAUGCUGGCGGUAGAGAAACAACCUGAUUUGGCUGGAAUAUUCUUACACGCUGUUUUGCCGGAGCUGAAUGAUCUGUAUUCAGUCCAGUCAUGACUCCGGUGUCGGACCCAGAUCAAGGUGGCACUUUCAAAGAUCAGCCAAAAAAGAGAAGGGUUGUCAUCCCAUGUUGGACCGAAUAUGAAGAGGCGAUGGAAUUGCAGAAGUCGUACAGCAAAAACAAGGUCAGAACGACCAAAUACACAUUUCUGUCUUUCAUUCCCAAGAAUCUUUUCGAGCAGCUCCAUCGGUUCGCCAACGUAUACUUCUUAUUCUUGGGCGCGUUGAACUUUGUGCCUGUCGUGAAUGCCUUCCAGCCAGAGAUCUCCAUCAUUCCUAUUAUUUUAGUGAUGUGUGUAACUGCUGUCAAAGACCUUUGGGAGGAUCAUCGACGGAGGAGAUCGGACCAAAAGGUCAAUAACCGCUUGUGUGAUGUGUAUGACAGGAAGCAGAAGCAUUAUGUGGAGCGGAGCUGGGCAGAGGUGUGCGUUGGUGACCUGGUCCGUCUCUGCUGUAAUGAAAUCAUACCAGCUGACAUGGUGCUGCUACACUCGUCUGAUCCUAACGGUGUGUGUCACAUCGAGACUGCCAAUCUGGAUGGGGAAACAAACCUGAAACAGAGACAGGUGGUCCGUGACCUGCCACAACAGGGAUCCGAAUUCAUUCCAGAAAGCUUCAGCAGUCGCAUCGAGUGUGAAAAUCCCAAUAAUGAUUUGAGACGCUUCAGGGGCUUUAUGGAACAUCCUGGUAAGAUACGCGUUGGACUGCACAGUGAAAAUCUGCUGCUGAGGAGCUGUACAGUGAGAAACACAGAGACUGUCAUUGGCAUCGUGGUCUAUGCAGGUCAUGAGACAAAAGCGAUGCAGAAUAACAGUGGACCGCGCUACAAACGAAGCAAACUGGAGCGGAGGCUUAAUGUAGAUGUGCUGUGGAGUGUGGCUUUACUUCUGCUUAUGUGCUUUGUUGCUGCUGUAGGUAAUGGUCUUUGGUUGAAUGGACUAAAGGAUCCCAUCUUCAUGAUCCCUGAUAACACGCCCUCUGCACUCGCUGCCUUUUACACGUUCUGGACAAUGAUUAUUGUUCUGCAGGUGCUGAUUCCCAUCUCACUCUACGUGUCUAUAGAGAUUGUGAAGCUGGGACAGAUUUAUUUUAUUCAAAAUGAUAUAGAUCUGUAUAACCCGAGAUUUGACACAGGAGUCCAGUGCAGAGCAUUGAACAUCACAGAAGAUCUUGGUCAGAUUCAGUAUCUUUUCUCCGACAAGACAGGAACCCUCACAGAAAACCGCAUGCUGUUCCGUCGCUGUACUGUGGCAGGAACAGAGUACCCUCACUGCGAGAACGCUAUUUCUCUGGAGCAAUUUGAGGAGCAGGGGUGUGGUGAUGUAGAUCGCUCUCACACGCUGAGAUCGCGCUCCAGCAAGAAGUCCCUGAGCUGUAAAUCUCUCAGCUGCAAUCAAAGUUCGGUCUCUCUCAAAACCCUCACUGCAGAGUCUGACACAGACUCUGUCGUCGACACGCUCCGCAGACGCACACUCGGAGCCUUUAGCGGCACCAUGGAGUGUGCAGUUGUUCCAGACCCUCAGCUGAAGGGGAAGCUGGAUACCUUGUGUUCACCCAUGCAUCCGUCUGUCCACCAUGAAGCUGCUGAAAUCUCUCACAUUCUGGACUUCUUUCUGGCGCUGGCCGUCUGUAACACUGUGGUGGUUUCCUCGGCCACCCAGCCGAGACAUGUGGUUCAGAUGCCUGUGGUUCGCACUCACCUACGCUCUCUAGAGGACAUGAAGCUUCUGUUGCAGAAGUUGAGUCUACCUCGCUUUCCCAACUCACCAAAUCAAAACACAGACAGCCCUAGCAGCCUGACCAAAAAACUCUUCACCCGUGGUCGAUCGGCAAUGUACUCCCCCAACAGCACUUCACAAACGCCCUGCACAACCGGACCCUUAUCCAACACACCCACUUGCACCCCAUCAGAUACUCCCUCCACCGCCUCUACUCCAGUCUUGUUGCGCAGUGGCGCUUGUGGUGAUAUGAAGGAUGCGGAGCAAGCCAAAGUUAAUGAUGAGACUGACAGCGAUGAUGAUGAUGAGGGGGAGGAAGAUGAUUUGCUAUAUGAGGCAGAGAGCCCGGAUGAGGCAGCGUUGGUACAAGCAGCAAAGGCUUAUGGGUGCACUCUUCUGGGCCGGUCUCCAGAGCAGGUCUUGGUGGCUGUUCCAGGUGCAGGACCGCUCUCCAUCCCACUGCUGCACGUGCUACCGUUUCAUUCUGCCCGCAAGAGGAUGUCUGUGGUUGUCCGUCAUCCAUUCACAGGAAAUGUGAUGGUGUACACUAAAGGAGCAGAUAAUGUCAUUAUGGAGAUGGCUGAAGGAGCUAAAGAUGGUUUCUCUAGAGAGGUUAUGGAACGGACGCAGAGACAUCUGGACCAAUACGCAAGAGAGGGACUUCGCACUCUCUGUGUUGCUAAAAAAGUGUUAGAAGAGCAGGAAUACAAAGCCUGGUUGAAGAGACACGAGUAUGCAGAGACCAGUAUUGAAAACAGAGAAGAGCUUCUGCUUGAGUCUGCCGAGAGACUAGAAACUAAUCUCACAUUGUUGGGGGCGACAGGAAUAGUAGACCGUCUUCAAGAGGAGGUGCCCGAGACCAUUGAGGCCCUGCAAGAGGCUGGAAUUAAAGUGUGGGUCCUUACAGGAGACAAACAAGAGACGGCUAUUAAUAUUGCCAAUGCUUGUAAACUCCUCAGACCGACAGACCAGCUCCUGACAGCCAACUGUGACAGUAAGGAGGCAUGUAAGGCUCGACUUUACGAGCUACAGUGUGAGAUCAAGCACUUCACCAAAGGAGGAACGUCUAGUCAUGACAUGUCUGAGGAUGAUAGAAGCACCUCUGACUUUGUGAUGGUCAUUGAUGGCCGCACGCUGGAGUUUGCUCUGCAAAAUGAACUACAGGAGGCUUUCCUGGAGCUCACAUGCUGCUGUCGAUCUGUCAUAUGCUGCAGAUCCACCCCCCUGCAGAAGAGCCAAGUGGUACGGCUGGUCCGAGACCAACUCAAAGUCAUGACCCUGGCUAUAGGUGAUGGAGCUAAUGACGUUAGUAUGAUUCAGAUGGCAGACGUUGGCAUUGGCAUCUCGGGCCAGGAGGGCAUGCAGGCGGUGAUGUCCAGUGACUUUGCCAUCUCAAGAUUUAAGUACCUAAGAAAGCUGAUUUUGGUUCACGGUCAUUGGUGCUAUUCACGCUUGGCUAACAUGAUCCUCUAUUUCUUCUACAAGAAUGUGAUGUACGUCAACCUGUUGUUCUGGUACCAGUUUUUCUGUGGGUUCUCCGGCAGCACCAUGACCAAUUCAUGGGUUCUCAUCUUCUUUAACCUGCUCUUCACCUCCGUCCCUCCACUCGUCUACGGGGUGUUGGACAAAGACGUCUCCGCAGAGACGCUCCUCGACCUGCCUGAUCUGUACAAAUCUGGACAGAAGUCUCAGGCCUAUCUUCCCUCAACAUUCUGGCUGACCAUGCUUGAUGCGUUUUACCAGAGCCUAGUGUGCUUCUUCAUACCUUACUUCGCGUAUGCCGGAAGUGAUAUUGGAGUACUCUCCUUUGGUUCUCCAAUCAAUGGCUCCGCCCUCCUCAUUAUCCUCCUGCAUCAGGUCAUAGAGAGCCGCACACUGACAUGGCUACAUGGUGCAUUGCUGCUCUUCAGUGCCCUGUUCUAUUAUGUCUUCGUAUUAGUGUUCAGCGUUACAUGUGUGACAUGCAAUUCUCCAACAAACCCUUUCGGCAUCGAGACUAAAAUGAUGUCAGAGGCACCCUACUAUUUUGUGUGUGCACUUACCACAGUCCUGGCACUGCUGCCUAGGAUUCUGCUCCGUGUCAUUUUUAACAGCACCUGUCCUUAUGACCUGGUAAAAGCACAGAAAAUAGAGAGACUCCCUCCAAUGGAAUACUGCUCUAGCGUAAAGCAGUGGAAGGAGAGCAGGGCCGCUGGGAAACGGUCCACAAGAAACAUCCCUGUAAACCUCAGUGUGAAUGCCGAAGUGCCUAGUUUAACAGAUUGUAUCACAGAAGAAGGCGCUGUCGUCUCGUGAACAAUUACAGAGUGGCCACCUUUAACUAUAUAAACAGUCAUUAGUAAAACUAAUGACUGUAUAUUCCUGCACUUUAAUGACCGGCAGGAACUCUGACCAAUCAGAUCACAGAUCUGGAUUUUCUCUGCCCAAUGAGAGUGUUUUUACAGUGACGUGCCUGGACUCUGUCUGUGCGGGAGGUAGCGCCGAUACAUGAAUUGCAGUGCAAAUUCGUUCUUUUCGUGGAUGAUGGAAUAGACUUCCAGUUGAUCUGAGUGGUCCAGCACUGUCUCCCUGCUGCAAGAGACGCAGAGAGUUGUUUACACUUCACAUGUCUCAGGCUGUGCCUGUGGCUUUUUGAAUUACACAUGAACUCCAACACCUGAAGACAGAUCAGUGCACAUCAUGUGUUUGAAGAGAUCUGAGUAGUUGUGAGGAUGAAUCGUGAGUCAGGAUGCUGUUAGUCUAUGCCAAUAUAUUUUGGCUGUUUUGCAAUAUAGAAUACAGUUUUUGUUUUUUGAGACCGAGAUAUUCCGGCAGCUUUGUCAAGCAAUUGCCCGACCAUUAUUGUAGAAGUUGCAUGCUUUUUCUCUUUUAAGAGAAAACCGUAAUCUUGCACAAAUUUAUUUGGUGGUUAAGACAGUUUAUGAAUUGUCAUAGAUCAGGAAUGAUUAUAAGUUACUACAAUGCUUAUAGCAUUUAAUGAACAGAUAUCACCUGACUGACUUUUAAAGGAUAUUUCACCCAAAAAUAGUGUUAUCAUGUCUUCACGCUCAUGUCAUUCCAAACCUGAAUGGCCUUCUUCUGCAGAACGCAAAAGAAGAUAUUUUGAAGAAUUUUUGUAACCAAACAACACAGGACCUAAUUGACUUCCGUUAUAGAGACAUUUCUCACAAUAUGUUUUUGUCAUAAUAUACAGGUUUUGAAUGACGUGAGGGCAAAUAAAUGGCGAAAUGUUUUUUUUAUUUCAGUACUAUUUUGAGUAACUCCAGUUACCAGCUGGAAUAAAAAAGCACAUUUGCACAUCCUUUUGUGUUUUUGUUCAUCUGGUAACCUAUAUUCUUGUUUUAUUGAUCAUUGACAGCUUUGUUCUUAUUGUGAAAGCAUCUUGGUAUGUCAAAGUUAAUUUUCCCUGCUCAGGAAUGAAACAAAGCAAAAUGUUUGUGUAUAUUGUGUAAGGAAACAUGCAUUCCAGGUGGAUCACCAGUAUUUUAUUACUUUUUAUAUGUUAUUUUUAUUGCAGAAAUGAAUGCUUGAUUCGAAAAUGUGAAUGGAUAAACAAGAGCGAUGCAUACUUAACUUGUAUAGUAUUUAUAGUUUAUGAACAUGUUAUUUUACAUCUCUUGAUAGACAUCGAGAAAUUUAAAAUAAAACACUCAAACUUAUUCAUUGUGUAUAAAUACAAUUAAGUGCACAUAUGUAUUUCUAGUAAUGUGUGAAUUGGAGAAACAUUUUGUCGCAUUGGAUUGUCUACACUGUAAAAAACAACUAUGAAUAACUGUUAAUAAAUGAGAACAAUUUACUUUUAA